AAACAUUAGAAUGCGUCACACCGAAAUUCUAAUGUAAAAACACAAAGAAGAUUAAUUUAAUUAAAGACCAGGCUGUAUGGGCAUUGUUCCCUUUGCCUUCCCUAAAACGGGAGAACUUCAACAAAAAAAAAAAGUAAACUGGAGACAGUCACAACAGGUCACAACAUACACAGACAAAAAAAAAGGUUUUCCGAAAAUGACUGCAGAAACCACACUAAGUGUAACUAAAACAUUUAGAUUUUCAUUCCCAACAUGUACCCACGAAGAUGUAUACUUCAAACUGGAGGUGCCCUUGGAAAUCCCGUAUAGUGGAUCUCCACGAGAGCUGGUUCAAAGAGUCCUUAACAUGUUCCCUAUUCCAGUCUACUUAGAAGAUGAACUCGAUGAGAAAUUAGCACAAUUUAUAUAUGAGGAGACUACAAAUUUUCAUAAUGAAAGGGAUGAGAAACUUCUCAACCAACUCAAAAACGGUGAGUUGAAUGUCGAAGGAAUAGUGAAAAAUUGGGAAAAACUCUUCAAGGAAAAUGUUGUGGAAUUUGCUGAACAAAAGGGUACAUCAGAUGAGGAAGUGUUUGCUGCAGCAUAUCAUAAACUUGUGCAUUCUCCAGCGCUGGAGACAAUACUGCAGGUGGAGAAUUCAUACGCUAAAACUGUCAUGAACACAUUGAAUAACAGAGAUGAAGAUAUCAAGAAGUUAACAGAACGACAAACGGAAGAAAUGGAAUCGAAAAUGCGCCUCCUGAACGUAUCCACAACGGAAGAGGAGAUCAAUGAACUGGCGGCCCAGCACUUUGAGCAGCAGAACCUCGCCGCGGGUCGAUGGGGCUCGCAGCUGGACGCGCUCUGCCAGGCGCAGCGGGCGCACCACCGCACGUGGCUCAUGAACACCUUGGACCAAUACCAGACCACUGCAGAGUUGGAUACACCCAGCAACUCCCCGUUGGCCACGUUUUCCCUGGAGCGCCUGCCCCUGCCGGCGCCCCGGCCUCGCCCCGAGGAGAGCUUCACCAUCCACCUGGGAAGCCAGCUCAAGCAGACCCACAACGUUCGCAUCGUGGCCAUGGACAUGAUGGAGUUGUGCACUCUGCAUCACGACGAGUGA